AUGUCCAGCCAUGGCGCUCUCGCAGAAGCGCUCAGCCUCAGGCACUACGCGCCUCCUGCAACGACGUCAACGUCUCCUCCGAACAAGGAACACCAGCAUACCCGGCCCAGACAUCAGAUAAAACGAUCGAUCACGGAACUUUCGGCGCCGAUACGUAAGCACAGGCACAGCCACUCGCUUAACCGGCGGAACGAUGACAAGGCUUCCAUACCUCAAUCAGCCGCGCCCAUGAUGCAGCUCGGCCAGCAGCCGGGGAUGCUUCAGGCCCGGCCGUCGUUUGACGGCGCGCGCUCUGAGGGCGUCACUCCCUACAAUCUCAGUCCCAACCCCAGCCGGAGGCCUAGUAUCAUGGGCGGAGUUGGCGAAGACGGUGCGCCGGGCUCUCGUAUGCCCAUCUCGUCGGCGGCUACCCCGGAGCGGAAGUCGAUGAGGCAUGAGGAUCCGGCCGUAGAGCGGGCGAAAGCACUGGCCACAACUAGAGCUUUAAAAACAGCCGUGGAAGACCUUGCAUCCUUGUCUUCGGACGCGUCCCAUCGCCUCGAUGAAACCUACUCAUCCAUCUCCGACAAGCUGGACACCCUACAACGCACAGUCGCGGACCUCCAAGAGCUCACUGGCAUGUGGCGCGAAGGCUGCACGACGUUUGCCCAGGAGGCGAGGGACCUGGUCGACGACGUGAACAACCAGAUUGAGGGACUCGGCACGUACGAGCCGCAGCGGGCACGCAUAGAGACGCUUCAGUCACGCAUCCAUGACGGCCGCGAGCGCAUCCAGGGCCUCAGCCACAGGGUCGAGGCCGUGAGGGAGCGGAUCGACGGCUGGGAGCGUGCGGACAGGGAAUGGCAGGAGAGGACGCGCCGUCGGCUCAGGACCGGGUGGAUCGUCAUGUCGGUGCUGGCGCUGGCGUUCCUCCUACUGUGGGUCUUUGUGGAAAUCGUAGUGCCGGAGGAUGCUCUCAAUGCCGUGGAGGCUACUCCGACCACUGAACCCCCACCAUGGGUACAGGCGGCUUUGGAAAACGGGGUCGUGCCGGAACCGCAUGAGAUCGGGACCGUGGCAGGAGAUGGUAUCACUGCGGGAGAUCGACUGAUCAGAGCCCUUGAUCAUGCUCUCGAAGAUUCGCGAAACAGUUCUGACGAGGGGCUGCGGGUGUUCGAUGAAUUGUGA